AUGACUACAACGCAUUGGAGUGAAAGCAUGAAUUCAUUCUUUGAUGGUUACAUGCAUGCACAAACCACACUAAAGGAAUUUGUUGAUCAAUUUGAUAAUGGUUUGAAGAAAAUGGUUGAGAGGGAGGCACGUGCUGAUUUCGAUUGUUAUAAUCGCACAAGUCCUUGUGUAACAGACUUUGCUUUAGAGACGCAAUUUCAAUAUGCUUACACAGAUUCAAAAUUCAAAGAUGUUCAAGCAGAAUUUAAGCCACGUUCGAAUGUUAAUAAUUGUUUUCUUAAAAGUGAAGGUGCAGUUUCUACCUAUCGAGUGAUUGAACCUAAUGGAAACCGCAUGAUCGACAAAACAUUUAGUGUUUUCUUCAACAACGAUGAAUUUGAAGUGAAGUGUACUUGUACAUUAUUUAAGUUAAGAGGAAUCAUAUACAGGCAUUCCAUUUCUGUUUUACUUACGAGCGGAGUUACAACGUUGCCACCAAGAUAUAUUCUUGAUAGAAGGAGGAAGGAUAUAAAUCAAAAUUUGAUGAUUAAGAGUAUGGGUAAUGUGUUGAUUACUAACUCUACUGCCUGGAGAUAUGACAAAGUUUGCAAGAAUUGUGAAGAAUUAGCAUCGCUCACAUCCAAAAAUGAGGAAUAUUUCAUGGAAGCGAUGAAAAGUGCUGAUAUGUUAAAGGAGAAAUACUGUGCCUUAACACAUGCUGUGCCCAAUCAAUGUGAUGAAGUCAUUCCAACUUGUGAUAACGUCAUUCCAAGUAAUGAGGGCACCACAGUGCAAGGUGAAACGGUGCUUACUCCUGUUAAGGCUAGAAUCAAAGGAAGGCCACCCUCACUACGAAUGGUCACAGCUAUAGAAAAAGUUCUCAAAAAGUCGCAAGGUAAGAAAUUCCAAGGACGAAAUAAGCAACAAAGUGACAAUACUGUCAACAAGAAGGGGAAAAAGAAGAAUUCCAAAGCAAUGCAAGAUGACCUCAACACUUCUCAAACUUCAUUGCCUAAUACAACUCAGGGCUCCAUCAAUGUGGCAGCAACAAUGGUUGAUCCAACAUUUGAGUUGUCAAAAUUGAUCAGCCAACCUAAAUAUGAAGAAUCCUUCACUGCAGCCUUCCAAAUCUCUAAUGUGUCUAUUGUAUACUAG